AUGCACGUCUUACGAGCUGAGCUGAGCUUUCCGGAGAAGCUGAUGAGGGGUGAAAUACGGGCAUGGCCAUGGGACCAUCUGAGGCGCACUAUUAUGCGUCGCUGGCUUGCUGGCAACGUGCGCGGGCGGAGUAGAGAGAUCAAGGCUGGGGGAGAGUUUAUUGUGCGGGCGGAUGACGAUGGCAUCCUCACCAUGUACGGCCUCGUUUCCGCCCUCUUCGCCGCCUCGGCCGCCCUCGCCGCGCCCGUCGUCACGCCCGACACCAACACGUGCACGGCCAAGUCGCUCAAGGUGACGUCGUUUCUCGUCAAGGAUUUCGACUUCCACGCCAGCUGGACCUUUACCACGCCGGCGCACCAGAACUCGUGGGGCUACGUCAACUUCACCCUCGCCAACGCCGCGGUGCCGUACGAGUACCAGUGCAGCAGCGCGAGCAACUGGCUGUCCGACUUUUACUACGGCAACAUCAACUACAACUGCACCGACCCGGCCGGCCAGCCCACCCAGCACGGCACCUUUAGCUACUCGCGCCCGACCGAGACCCUCGCCAUCAACCAGACCUGGAUCUGCGCCCAAGAGCAGAGCCGCUUCUGGGCCGAGGGCAGCGCCAAGCUCGACCUCAAGUGCCAGGACACCACCUACCACAACCCCAACUGGACUACCCCCGGCCAGAUCUACUCGGACCGCAGGGUCACGUGCGACAAGCUGACCCAGGUCGUGCCCCUCACGAGCCUGCGCGCCGCGGCGUAG